CCUGUCGGAGUGAUGAAUACAAAUCUAUGAGGAGGAAUUACACCUCGGCCUUUCCUUUGCUUCUGCUCCUCAGCGUUUUCCGAAUAGUGUGUGGCAUGUUUACACACGCUUUACCCUUAGGUUAGAACAUGAAACAGAUGAUCGAGCUUUUAUUUGGCCCGCAUUAAACGGCUAUAGCGAACUUCGACGAAUGAGGAACAAAACCUCCCAAGAUUUGCAUUUACGUGAGGAGACUCGAUGACUGAAGCCGACGAGAGCGAAAAAAUUCGCCAAAUAUUGGAUUAUUACGUGAAUGAUGAAGGUUCCAAUGGACAAGAUACCGUUUCAGGGGAGAGAGUCAAGAUCAGGAUUGCUAUUGGAUUCGCUGCCACCUGUGCUGUGCUUUUAUUAGCAAUAUUUAUAAUAUUGUUGUAUAAGGUUCUAUGGUUCCGAUCCAAGACCGGAACUAAGACCGACGUCGCCAGAAAACCGUCGUCAAAUAGUGUACCAGUGCGACGUGCGUCAAGCCCGGACGACCAAGACUUUAAAAAAGGUCGCCGACAACGUCGGCAUCAACCUCUGAUGAGAUCCGACAGCUCUGUGUCCGAAAUCGACUUCGAUUCGUGGUUACAUAAAAACAACAACCGAAUGUCUGCUAAUGAAUCAGACAGCAGCGAAGAAAGUCUUAAACUUGGAAAGUUGGAGUUUAACAUAAACUACGAUACUGAUAAGGAAUGUUUACGAGUGUUGGUGUUAGCGGCGUACGGUUUGCCGACUAUUCACAGUACGAGCUACGUGGAAUUGUACUUGCUACCCGACAGAGUUGAAAAGCACCAGACUAAAGUACACUACUCUAAUAGCAAUCCUUUUUUCAAUGAAGAAUUCGUGUUUGAUAUCGCGUUUUCGGAACUUGCUGAGCGCACUUUACAGUGCUGUGUGUUUAGUUACGAUGGAUUUUCGCGACAUCAAUCCCUAGGGGAAGUUUUUUAUUCGUUUGGCGAGAAUGAUCAUUUGAGUGAGUACGGAGGAGUAGCAUUAUGCAAAGAGAUCAUGAGAGAUUCGUCUCUGUUAAAGGAGGAUAGUCCAUCCCGUGCAGGGGAGGUGCUAGUGUCACUUUGUUACCUUCCCACCACCAACAGACUCACAUUUGUUGUCCUAAAAGCGAGGCUUUCGAAAACUUCAUUUCCAAAUGAUUUGCCACAUCCAUUUGUCAAAGUUUCAUUGAUGUUGAGCGGUCGACAAUUAAAGAAAACAAAGACCUCUGUGGCCAAAAACACCUUGGCUCCGGUGUACAACGAGGCAUUUGUAUUCGACGUCCCAAUCGAUCGCCUGAGUGAUGUUAGCUUGCUGGUGCGCAUGCUCGACACUAACACAGAGGACGGAAGGCGACCGCAAACCAAAACUAUUGGCAAGGCGAUCGUGGGACCGGAUGCACAGACAAGUAUUGGCUUACAUCAUUGGAACUGUAUGAUGACAACUCCGAGGAAACCCAUCGCUCAGUGGCAUCCACUGGUUAAGACUUGAGAUGGAUGACUUUUAACGGAUUGGUGAUGUAGCUCUCGAGGUCGACACUGAACGGAGGGAUCCAUUCUAAGAUAUUCCUAUAUCUCAAUUAAUUCGGUUGAAUUUCGUCAGAGAUAUAACAACACCUAUAGCAAAGGUAUUUAACCUUAUCAAUUUCAAGGGUCAUCCGUCGUAGACAUACAAGAUUCUAUAUUUUUACAGUAAUGUUUUGUUCACACAGUAACGAUACGAUAAAGGGUUUAAAAUAUAAAUGAAAUUAAAAUUAAGUUCAGGGGAUUUUUUUUUAAUCAAUCCAAGUACUAUUCAACUGCACUACGUAGAGAGCAAAUAACGUGUGGAUCGGGUACAAAUAUCACACGAUAUUUGAACAGUUGGUUACUUUGUACUGUUAAAAAAAAAAACUCGUUUAACUAGUCGGCUGCGCGUGCUUCGCUUCUCUGUCUGCUUUGCCUUUUCUUGACAUGUAAGAAUUGCAUGUCGAAUAAAGCAGUACCUUUUUAAAUCGAGUAUUUAAGUAAGAAGUUUUAUAUUCAUUAGACGAACACCAAGGUUUUCGUAAACUUGAAGUAGUAACUUGUUCAAAAAGUCAUGGUAAAAAAACAAUAUUGCUGAGCUUUUGCCGAGGAAGGUGAAACAGAAAGUGGAUUAUUAACGUAAUAUUUGUUUGCUUUAUAUGAACCGCUUCACGCUAAAAAUUAACCCUUUCAUUCCCAAUUGUGACCAAUAAGUGAUUUUUCCCCUCAGAAUAAAAAAGGUGAUGAGAUGAAAGAAUGUGUUCAAACACCAAACUCUCUGAGUUAAAAUUAUGAGAAAUCUAUGGCAAAGAGUGUAGAGAUUGAGAUUGGUUUACGAAUUACUGCAACAAUUAUGAGAAGUGUGACAUGAUUAGGAAUCGGUCAAGUAUGUAGUGAAGUCUACGGUUAUGGUUUUAUUUCACCCGUCUGGUAUUUUUUUGUAUGGAAAUUUUAUUUUGGGUUUAAGAUAUUUUGAUGUUCAAUCACUCUCUUUUUGUACAACUUUGUAUUACAAAGAAAUUACAUUUUUUCCUCAAUAAAAAUG